CGCGGGUCAGAGCUUCAUCGGCUCUCAGAGGCAGCAGGAUGAGACGAGGAGCACUCCGACGAGCGGUGACCGUCCUCCCGUCCCCGGGCGUCCUCUCUCGGUCACGGCAAGCCUGAUGGGCGUUUUUGUCGUCCCCUUGCCGUCCUCGACGCUCGGAUCUAACCGGAAGCCGCGAAAUGAAACGAAUGAACGUGAGCACCAAGAAGUGUCAUGUUGUUGUGCAGCAUCACUUAUCCUCCUUGGAUGCGGAGCCUCGCUGCUUCUUUGUAGAGUUGAGCUGACAACUUUACGUCCGAUUUCGCCUCUAUUGGAAGCAAACCUUGGAAGCAACUCUUGGAAAAGCGGCGACUUGCCACCGGCUCCCGGCGGAAUAACCACUCUUAGCGGUUAUUCGGCUUCACAAGCAUUCUCUCCGGGCCACGCUGGAAGUCGCCCCCAAUGUGGCCGUCGGGAGUGGGCAGCCGGCAGCCUUGCCCGAGGGAGUCGGCGAUGCGCAGGGCGGCUAUCAGCGGCAACAUCCCGGCCCUGCCUCCUCACCACGUCCCCAGCGGCCGCAGCGUCCGCGUCUUCAUCUGUGCCAACCCUGACGACACGGAGGCUGAGAGGAAUGCACUGAAAGAGCAUGUCUACCCCAAACUACGCGAUUUCUGCAGGGAGAACUACGGCAUUGAAUUCCAGGUGGUGGACCUCUAUUGGGGCGUGGACCCGGAGGAGUGGGACAGUCCGGAGCUGCAGCGGCUUCGGAUGAAGCUCCUGGAGGAAUGUCUGAAGACAUCAGUGGGACCGUGCUUCGUUGGUUUGGUGGGAGAGAAGUAUGGCAGCAUUCGAGUGCCAGGUGAGGUGGAAUCAGCAGAGUUCGAGAUGAUCUUGGACGCGGCGAUGGAGGCUGGGUUGGACACACACAUCUUAGAUGAGUGGUACUGCAGAGAUGAAAACUCUGUGCCACCCGCAUACUACCUCAAACCCAAAGCCCAAAUGCUUAAGAACUACCAGAACUCUAUGGAGUCCAGCAGCGCAGCCAAGACCAAGAAUGACAAGGCCUGGAGGAAAGUGUCGGAAGACAUCAAACGGAUCUUCCGUACGGCGGUGCUGCAGCUUCAAGAGAAGGGAACAAUGCAGAGCACUCUGGCCAAGAAAUUCCUUUGCUCUGCCUUGGAGGAUGAAUUAGACUUUGCCCUCGGGAAACAAACUCCUGCCUUUCUCAGGAAAUGUGUUUGCUACAUUCGCAAGAUCUCAAACUUUGACCGUUUCGCCAAACUCCCAGAGAUGGCCCGCUACAUGGACAUUGUGGUCAGCGGUGACCGCAUCAUGCGCAACCAGGAAGCCUACGAGCGCCUGUUGAAGGUGCGGGAUGAGUUCAUACCAACAGUGGUGGCGGCAUCCAACCUUCGCGUUUACUCCUCUGUCACGCAUUGUGACAUGAAGCUGGGCUACUCCCAGGAAGUGGAGAGCCACUAUGUGGAGGGUCUGUGCAAACAGUUCUACGAGGACAUGGUGGAUAUCAUUCAGGCCACAGUUCAGCAGAACUUUGACACAGAGACUGACCCACUGUACGAUGAGAUCCUGCAACACCUGUCCCUCUGCAAAGCAUAUGCAGCACUGUAUGAGUACAAGGCUGAGUUCUUGGAUUACGUGCAGGAGUAUCUUUUGCCAUCUAAAGGGAGUAGGAUGGGUCCGCUUGUGGUACAUGGGGGACCCUGCACGGGAAAAACUUUGCUGCUUGCAGAAGUUGCCAAACAGGCCUACGCGUGGCUACAGAAAGAGAUGGGCCCUGAAACUGACCCAGUGGUCAUUGUCCGUUUCAUUGGCUCAAGUCAGUCCUCCACAGACUUGCGCACCCUCCUCCAGAGCAUCUGUGAGCAGAUUGCAAUAAACUAUCGCUGCUUGAUUCACUUUUUGCCUAACAAGAUCCAGGAGAUGAGGGAGCUCCUGGUCAACCUCCUUGGGGAAUCCUCCUUUCACAGGCCUUUGGUCAUCAUCCUGGAUGCCCUUGAGCAGCUGUCAGAUGCCGACGAAGCCCGCAAGCUCUGGUGGCUUCCCAUACACCUCCCUCGGACGGUCCGCAUUGUAGUUUCAACAUUGCCCAAUAAACAUGGAAUCCUGCAGAAGCUCCGACAUGCCAUCCAUGAUGACGACUAUUAUGUUGAGUUAACACAGAGGGAUCGCAAGGUCUGCAGCCAGACACUUAAGCAGCAGUUACUUGGUGUCAAGAGAAAGGUCACCUCGGGCCAGCAGAUAUAUGUAAACGAGGCUCUAGCCAAGUGUACAUUGCCAAUGUUUGUCAAUCUCAUCUACAGAGAGGUAGUCCACUGGAGGUCUCACAAAGAUGUGGAUGAGAAGUCCCUGUGCUCCACUGUACAUGAAAGCAUCGAGCAGCUGUUCUAUUCAGUAGAGAAUAAGUUGGGCCAACGAUUUGUCUUUAGAGCAUUAGGAUAUAUCACCAUGGCCAAGGCAGGGUUAACUGAAAUUGAGUUGGAGGAUAUUCUAUCCCUGGAUAACAUAGUUCUUGGUGACGUUGUAGUUGCAUCUUACCUCAAAAAUCCCUUGAGAAUCUCCUGUGACUUGGUAGCGAGGCUCAAAGAGGAGCUGGAAGGUUAUCUGGUUGAACGUCAGGUACGCAACGUCACCCUGAUGGUCUGGGCCAACAGACAUCUGCAUCUCAUUGCCCAGAAGCUGUACCUAGGUAAUGAGGAGGAUGUCCAUCAAAUGCACAGCCUUCUAGCGGAGUACUUUCUGGGAGCGUGGUCAGGGGGCAGAAAGAAGAUCUUUACAUACGACAACAAUCAUUUUACUUCCCAAAAUAUAUCACACCACAAAAACCCCCAUCAACAAUCUCAUGAGAAAACAUCAUCUGACAAGUACUCUUAUGACAGGCAAACACCUGAGCAGCCUUGGGUCUUCCAGUGCAACCUUUUGGAGCCUGACAUUUUUUUUGUCAACCACAGAAAGAUGACGGAGUUGGUGUUCCACCUCACCAGAAGUGGGCGCACUGAUGACCUCAUGUUUGGGGUCAUCAUGAAUUUCAGCUGGCUCUACACAAUGAUCAAGAUUGGCCAGUUUGAAAAGGCCUUAAACGAUAUCGACUUGGCGUACAGUUACACCCAAGAAAAAGAACUGAAGUUUCUAUCCACCACUCUUCGCAGCAUCAAGGUAAAGGUCUUGAAGAACCCAGCAUCUCUCUCAGCAGAACUGCAGCAAAGGCUUUUGCCAGUUGUCACCUCCCUGCCCAAGCUUCGACACCUUCUUCUGGAAUGCGACAAGGAUGGUCCCAAGUACUGCUCAAUUGUGCCUCUGCACUCCUCAAUGGAUGUCACCUACAGUCCAGAGAGGCUUCCUUUGUGCUCAAGUUACAUGCAGAUUGUGGAGAUCCUUCCCACUCUAGCCCCAAACAUCGUCCUUGUAGCACUUGAAGAUGGGUCUGUCAGCACAUGGGAUGUCGAGACUAGACAACUGCUGCGACAGAUCGACACAGCCAGAUCUGUUGUCCUGGGAAUCAGACUAACCAGUGAUGAGAAAUAUCUUGUUGUGGCCACCACCAAAAACACGCUUCUCAUCUAUGAUAAUCAUAAAUCCUGCCUUCUAUCAGAGGUUGAAAUCAAGGGGUCCAAACAUGGUGGCAUCACCGGUGGGGUGGCGUUCAUCAAUGGCUUCACUUUAUCCACUCACCAUGCUUUAGCUUGGCUUGAGGCCAGUAAAGACGUCAACGUUAUUGAUUUACUUUACGGCUGGCCUCUCUAUCAGUUCCAUUGCUGGUACGAGGUGACUUGUGUCCAGUGCUCUCCAGAUGGAAUGUAUGCCUUCUGUGGACAGUACCUCAACACUGCAUCCAUCUUUCAUCUGGGAAAUGGGGACAAGUUGGCCACUAUUACGUCUGAAUUUUCUGGAGGUUUUGUCAAGUCCAUUCUUGUCCUGGACACACUCAACCAAAUGGUGAUGAUUGACAAUGAGGGUAGCCUCUCAGUAUGGAACACCAAAGAAAUCACCAACCCACGUCUGAUGGAGGAUUAUGACUGCAGAGGAGAUGACAGUGAGGUGGUGAGCAUUGAGUUGUCUGAAGACCAGCGCUCAAUUCUCCUGUGCAAGGCCAGAAGUAUUGAGGUUCUAGAUACAAAAGUGUGGAAAAUGGUGGAGAAGUUUAAAGCUAAACGUAGUGAACGCUUUGUAGCUGCAGUUCUGUCCAAAAACGGCCAGAGCAUUGUGGCCUCAAUGGAGAAGACCUCUUCCAUCUUUGUGUGGAGGAGGGACAGCGGGCAGUGCAUGGCCAGCCUGAUUGAGAUAUCAGGAGCCAUUGUCAAGCUCAUCAAAUCAGUUCACCACAACCUGCUCCUUUCUGUUGCCAGCAGUGGAGUGCUGUCUGUCUGGGACAUUGAUAUCAUCACAGCUAUGUCCAAUAUUGACAAAACAGGCAAGAAGAUCCAAACAUUGCAGCUGUCUGGCAGAGAGGAUUAUGUGUUUACUAUGGAUGGCUCAGAAGCAGUCCACAAGUGGAACUUUAGCACUGGAUUCAUAGAGACUGUCUUCAAGCAUGAGGGCAUAGUGGAAAACUGUGUACUAACCUCAUCGGGUGAUCUAAUGGUAACUUCUGAUGACAAGUGCAGUCAGUACAUCUGGCAAACCAGCUCUGGGGAGAACAUCUUUCGCAUCAAUGGACAGAGAAUAUCCCAGUUGCUCAUCACCCACAAUGACCAGUUUGUUGUGUCCCUCUGUGAGCAAAAUGCCUCAAGAGUUUGGAGACUUGCCACAGGACACAAGGUCUGCAACAUCUUGGUCACCCUCCAGAACGCACUGGUCACCACAGCCAACACAUUUCUUGUGGGAACCUCCAAAAACAAGCUCCUCGCCGUCAGCUUGUGGUCGGGCAGCGUAUCUAAGAAAUUUGUUUGCGAUGACGGCAUCACGAUCGUCAAUUUCAAACUUAUCCCUGACUGCCCUGACUGUGUCGUGUUCAUCACGUCCACAGAGACCGUCUUCAUCUGGAGCGUGGCGGACGAGGCCGUUUGCAGACGUGUCCAGUUGCCGGCCAACUUUCUCAAAAAUCUUGAGGAUUUCCAGAUCUCACCCAAUGGCAAACAAGGAAUUGUGUCCAAAGGUGACGAAAAUAUUAAUGUGCUGGACCUACACAGUGGGAAGCUGAGGCUUGUCCACGCUGCCGGUAUAAUUUGGCGUCAAAAAUUAUCACGAGACGGCCGUUAUCUCGUAUACAUCUGCUUCCGCAACUGUGAUGAGGACGACGACGCUGGCGUUGUUUCCAAUCUAAUUGUGAUGCGCCUUGCUGACGGGAAGAGUAUUGGCACAUGCUCCUUAUACAAGACACCCACUUUCCUUUCGCUCUCUCAGAGAGCUUUGAACAUCAUCAUUGGCUUUGAGGAUGGCAGCAUUGGCACAUACACAGUGGUGGACCGUGUAGACGCUGCCCUAAAGAUCAAGAUAGCCACCUCCAACAGCCGCCAGAUAGUCAACAAUGCUUCACAAAAGGUGCGGCCAAAAUGUGGCAGUUAUUCCUUUAAGACUGUCGCUGACUGCAUUUGGAGGGAAUCAACAGAAGUCUUCUCCAGGGACAGCCCAAUCAAUGUGUCGGACUCUGGUGAAGGUGAGUCUACUACGCCGACGAAAAAGGCAGAGCUGUUGCAGUGAGCGGGUGGGAGUUUCAAAAAAAUAAAUAAAAAAGGUGGAUCUGUGGCGAGUUUCAGAAUCUUUGGCAGUGGGGUUGCGGUUGACCCUUGUUUACAGCCACGUGAUUCAGCUGCAAAUGUCAGGCGUCUGACUAUUUAAACGCUGCACCCAAAUGAUGUAUUACCUAGCUGUCGCGCUGUUUUAGUUGAUUUUACAUUCAGACGGUCGGGAGAAAAUAGCAUAUGAAGGACACAUAUUGUGUAUGAUAUGAGUUGGCCAUUUUGGGUCCUUUUUGCAUUUGAAGAACAAUUAUCAUUCAAACGUUAUUUGUGACAGAACAUUGUCAAACCAUUCCAGUCACUUUCAUUGUAUGUACAAUAUGUUAAUUUAGACUGCUGGCUAUAGUGUUCCUUGAACAAUUUUAUUUUAUGUCUACAUCGGUUGGUAUGUACAAAAAAAUGAACAUAUGUACAUAUCUUUUUGGCUGCUGCAAUUUGUGCAACUCCUUAAAAUGUUAUUGUGCUUAAUGCAAUCAAAGUGA